CGUCUUUCCUUAUCCCAUCUCAUCCAUCCACCCGUGCGCCGCCCCGGUCAGCCGAUAGCUUUGUUCGGUUUUCAACAUACACACAGCCUCGAGGCCCGAGCGUUUCAGAGUCAGACACGAGCCGCAUCGUUUGAACUUUCUCUUCCUUCCUAUUGCUUUUUCGUAGUCCAUCGCACCGCACGCCGGAUUGACAGCGAUGAAUUCGCCACUGUUAGUGUGGAUGCUCUACUUGAACCGGGAGGUUACCGCGGACGAAUACGAGAAAUGCUACGAUCUAGUACACAAGACAGUACCCCAUGGAAGAAACAUCGCCCACCAACCGACCUCUGGUGAUUCGCUGCGUCAGCUUCUAGCGCACAUGAUGCCGUUGCUCAUGAUGAGGCAUCGUCGUAUCCCUCGCGCGCGGUGGCGGGACCAUCAGACUCCUUCGGGGAAGCAUUGGAUAGAACAGAUGCUCGAUCAUGUCAAUCCGGAACAUCACCUGCGGUCGAUGAUAGGAUACCAUUGCGCCUUCGAGAACUCUUUAGUUGGGAUGGUCAUGGUCCAAGGGAAACAGAGAGAAGUUAUCAAUAUCGGGCUAGGAAUCAAACAAUUGGUGGUAGAGCCAAGAGACGCUACGGUGGCGGCAUAUGCAGAAUCACUUUCACACAAGCUCACCCCACUCGAACUCUCUUUCAUCACCCCCGAUCUCGCGGAUGACGUCGUCCUCCGCCGUCUCUGCAUCCUCCUUGCACUCAAAAUGGCGUACAUGAAGGCCAUCGGCCAACCAAUGGGAUUCGACUGGUCGCGACUCGAAUUCAAUAUCCCUGAAGAGUCAUGCACGGGCGACGGGCAGCCUCUGUGUGGGUGGGAAUUCCGGCUAUACAAGGCCCAGCUUGGAGUGCAGCGCAAGGGCGUGAUGGUCGAGGAGAGCUACCAGUGCGUGACGGCGCACUUCCGGGGAACAACGGACACCAAGUUCGUGUGGCAAGAUAGUAAUAAGGAUCUGGAGAGCUGGGUGCAGUUCAUCAAUAUCGACCAGAUGACGAAUGUCAUCCCGAAGCUUACGGAUUGAGGCCUGCGAAAGGAGGACAGUCGAAAGAGAGGGAGGGAGAGCGGCAGGCCUGUUUGGCGAAAAACUGCGAGCUAGUUUGAACGGAUGUUUUUUUUCCUCUCCAAAAUCACUUGUCUUGCCUGCUCGUUUCCGUUCCUCUUCAUUCCUGCAUUCAUCGCUGCGCUGUGCUUCCACCCUUACUGCUACGUAAAUCUCAUCGAUACCAAUCGUGUGUACUUCCUUGUUGUACUGUACUUGUUCCCGGUUCCUCCAUCAUCGCUGUCUCCCAUUCACUCUGAUGUUCGCUUUCUACUCCGUAUUGCUCCAUGUUGCUCCGUAAACGGUGUUUCUGAGUAGUGUGGCGUCACCUACAGUGUGCUGCUGAAGUCCAUCAAAUCGUGUAGUAAUGCCAUUAGGCAAUAUUAUAUAUUCCAUACGCAUGCAGGUCGUCUACCGUACGUCAAUUCCA